AUGGUAGACAUAAUAAAAAACAUUGACGAAAUGAUUCAACCGACACCAGCCAAACUACUAUACUUAUACACAGCUGAACAACCAGUAUAUGGGGAGAUUACAGAUCAUGUGACGGCAAACCAUGAAACAUCUGCACUUAAACGUUGUGAAUUCUACGACUGUCCACGAUUGGGUAUACCCACGAUAGAGGAUAUAAGGCCGAUGUUGGGUGAACGCACCCUACUUGUUCUCGACGAUCUAAUGAUCUUAGCAUUGUCAACUAGGGAAGGUACUGAAAAUUUGAACAAUUUAGCGGUACGUGACAGCCAUCAUUUAAAUCUCUCUAUAUUUUUUGUGUGUCAAACUUUAAAUUAUGGAAAUGGAAAAUUACGAAGUAUGCGGACGAAUAGCAUGUAUCAUCUUUUUUUUAAUAAUCACACUGAUACUCGAGAUAUUGAAUUGGUUGCAAGAAAUAAAGGCAUCCGUCUACCGACAAUACGUAAAAUAUUGGCGGAUGUGGGUAAAAAACAAUACGGUUAUGUGUUGUUUGACGGAUGCCCUCAUGCACCGGCCAAUGCACGUGUUCGAACGGGUAUAUUGCCCAAUGAAUGUACAAUAAUUUACAAUACAGAAAAACAAUUUGUAUAA